ACCCAUGAGCGUUGCAACCUUGGAACAGAUCAUGUACAUAAACUAAGGAAAAUGGUCUCUGGUCACGGAGAUCUCGGUCACUCGUUCUCUGACAAUGAUAUACCCGAUAACAAGGAAUCUGUUCCACUAAAUGAUCUUGAAUCCGGCAGGACCGGAGUCGAUGUUAGCAGCCACAAGGAUCCGCAAGAUUCUGGCCGUUCAGAUGAUUCUCUCGAUAAUCCAGAAGACGAAGUCGGGCAAGGACUUCUCGGUGGCCGAAGCUAUAAACAUCAACAAGGACAGAAUUCUUCCGCUCAAUCAGGAUGGUUCAGCUCUUUUCUAAGAGGACCCAAUCCUCCCCGACGACAUCGCAUUCGACCAUUCUUUGAGAGCUUCCAGACCGCACCCAUCCGUAUUAUCAAACGACUGUUUCCAACUCUGAGGUCGCAAGCCAUCGCUUUGAUCGCUUUUCAUGCUCUUUGGGCGACGAUAUUCUUAACAAUCCUCAAUUGGUCAGUGCUUGGACCAGAGAUUCCCGGCUACGGCAUGCCGAAUCGGCUUUCGUGCGGAGCUAGAUUAUGGCACAAUGGUACCCUCUGUGGGAUUGACGGUAAUGCAUGCCGUCCUUUUGACGAGCAAAAAUUUGCUUUUCGAUGUCCAGCGGGAUGUCACGAUACCAUUCUUCUCGAGCCAUACGCCGUAGGCGACCAGGAACUCAACUACAGAAGCCUGGUCGUUGGAGGUGCAGCUGAUGCUGAGAAUACUAUUGGCUCUUACCGCGGCGACUCUUUUGUCUGUGCCGCUGCAAUCCACGCUGGAGUCAUUAACAACGCUGCCGGUGGAUGUGGUAUUCUUCGGCGUACUGGCGAGCAGACCAGCUUCAUCGGAGUGGAAAAGAAUAGCAUCACAAGCGUCUCGUUCAAUUCGUAUUUCCCACUAUCGUUUGAUUUUGAGAAAGAGACGAUUGCCAUCUGUCGGGAUCCACGUUGGCUACUAUUCACCGUAUCCUUGAUCUUUACCUCCAUACUUUCUCUAUGCACGACAUCACCAGUUGUAUUUUAUGUCUCUGUAUGGUUCAUAUCAUGGUUUCAGGUGGCACUUGCAUCCGAUCCGCCUUUUGCUUCAGACUACCUUGAGGUCGUCUCUAUCGGCAUGGGUCGUUUGUUACCUGCUUCCUUUGUUGGCUGGGCUAUAUACUAUUUCUGUGUCCGGGAAACGCUCAGUGGUCUCACCGCUCAAUGGGAAAAAACUAUUUUAUGGCUUGGACCUUUCUGGGUCGGAGCUCUUAACACGGAUACCUUUGACCGUAUACCAAUCUCUCGCUUGACUCCGCAUGACAUCCAGCAACAACCAGGCGCAAUCCCGGCAUUGAUCAUUAUCGUCACCAUUCUUGUUAUUACUAUAGUCACACAAGCAUGGGCCAUCUGGUCAGCAGGAAAGCUACCCCGUUAUCUGGUGAUAUACGGAAUCAUGGCGUGCACACUAAUCGUUAUGAUUAUUCUUCCUCAGCUCAACCUCCGCAUUCAUCAUUACAUCCUUUCUCUUCUCUUGCUUCCUGGAACAGCACUUAAAACUCGACCAUCUCUCGUAUACCAAGGCCUGCUCAUGGGUUUGUUUAUCAAUGGUAUCGCCCGGUGGGGUUUCGAUAGUAUUCUUCAGACCCCGAAUGCUCUACUUGGAGACGCGCAACUGGGCAGCGUCCUACCUAACAUUACUGCACCCAUCAUCGGUGCUGGAGGAAAUAACCUUACAUUCUGGUUUUCAGCUCUACCAAGCGAUGUCUCAGGUAUCGCAGUAAUGAUCAAUGAUGUGCUACGCGCCAAUCUAUACCGUGCUGUCUCUAGAGCCGAAGGAACCGGUACAGGCGUCAAGUCAUCCCCGGAAUUGUCCUUCGAGUGGACACGCUUACAUCAGAAUCAUUCAGAAUAUUUCCGAUUUGCGUAUAUGAAGAAUAGUGCAUUGGGAGGUUUGUGGUAUGAAGAUUUCACCAAAGCUGGUACUUGGAGAGAUAAUGGUGAUUGGAUUCAAUGAAUCAAACCC